GCUAGCUCCAACAAGUCAGGACACACGCACACCGUCACAGCGUGUGACUGCGCACCACGCUUCAGGCUGGCUGUGUUUCUUCUACCAGCUUUAGUUCCUCUUAUACGUGCGCUUCUGAUCCUGGACGACACAUACAUUUGUGCUUUCUUCCUCGUUUCCCUCUCUGGUCCUCCAAGGCCUCACUCUUUUCCAACUUUAGACACACAGCCAAAGCAAAACAAAUAUGGAAACUUUGCCGGACCUCAUACCCCAAAUGCUUGUCUCCUGGGACCCCAUAAGAAAAGUCGACGCUCCGCCAACUCUUGUUUUCCCUUUUGCUCUCCAAACUGCUGUCGUCGGCUAGCGCAACAAAGAAAAGAUCGGUUACUCGAUGGGCUUUGGAAGCAAACUGUGGACACAUUGAGGAAGUUCUUGGGGUUUGAUGGUAAUCAGCAUGGCCAGCGUAGUAGUGUAAACUUCAGUUGGUUUUCUGCUCCAGUUUGGAAACUAAACUGCACCAACUUGUUUAGGAACUUCUUGGCAUUGAUAGCAAUCAGCAAAGUCAGCGAAGUGAACUUCUCCCUGGAGCUGGAAGCUGUGUCAAACUGGUGACGUCUUUAUAGCGGCGCUUGAAGAUCUCAUUUUUGUUUCUCAGAUAUCGAGCUUGAAGAUCCGGAUGGAGAAAUUGAGCUUUAACCAAUGAACUUUCUCUUGGAUCCUGGACUCCAUACCGGACUAUAGCUAUUAUAACCCAGCUUCUUGACCUCCCCAAAGUGCUAGGGUCAAGUUUUUACUGCUGGAGCUGAUCAAAAACAGUGCCACAAAAUGAGCCUUUCCUCGAAGCGUGUAAGGCACGUGGAGCUCCAGUCUUUGCGAUAAAGCAACUGUGGCCAUCUGCACGGAGAUCUGAAAUCAUGCAUAAAGAUCAUCGUUUACCCCGGAAAAGUUCAUUAUUCAACUUUGGUUCAGGUCGGAGAAGACACUCCUGCAUUGGUUUCGAUGUGGAGAAUGGACUGUCAGCUGGACGUGCGCUGGACCCUCAGGUCAGCCCCAGCUCUGGCCUGGUCCUACAGGCCACUUACCCCCACAGCCAGCGGCGGGAGUCCUUCUUAUACCGCUCCGACUCAGACUUUGACCUUUCCCCCAAGGCCAUGUCCAGAAAUUCCUCCACUGCCAGUGAAUUGGAAGAGGGCUUGAAACAGUGGGAAGUCAGUUGCCUGCCUCGACAUGGAGAAGACAUGAUUGUAACACCUUUUGCUCAGGUUCUGGCCAGUCUGCGAACAGUGCGGAGCAACUUUGCAGCUUUAACUCAUCUGCAGGAUCGGGGUGGUUGCAAACGGCCAUCAGGCAGCAAUCCUCCCUCCAUGUGCAAGCCAGGCUUACCAGAUGAUGCGUAUCAGAAGUUGGCCAUUGAGACACUGGAGGAGCUAGACUGGUGCCUGGACCAGCUGGAGACCCUGCAGACCCGCCACUCGGUCAGCGAGAUGGCUUCUAACAAGUUCAAAAGGAUGCUGAACCGAGAGCUGACGCAUUUGUCAGAGACGAGCCGCUCAGGAAACCAAGUGUCAGAGUUCAUAGCAAGCACAUUUUUAGAAAAGCAGCAUGAUGUGGAGAUACUGUCAACGCCGUCGAAGGAGAAGGAGAAGAAGCGGCGGCCCAUGUCACAGAUCAGCGGUGUGAAGAAGCUGACCCACAGCCCCAGUCUGGCCCCCAGCUGUAUCCCUCGCUUCGGGGUCAGCACUGAGCACGAGGGCCUCCUGGCCAAGGAAGUCGAGGACAUCAAUCGAUGGGGGUUAGAUAUCUUUAAAAUAGCAGAGCAUUCAGGAAAUCGGCCACUGACGGUGAUUAUGUACACCAUUUUUCAGGAACGAGACCUGCUGAAGUCAUUUAAGAUCCCAACAGACACAUUCAUUACCUUCAUGAUGACUCUAGAGGACCACUACCACACUGACGUUGCCUACCACAACAACAUCCAUGCUGCUGAUGUAGUGCAGUCCACUCAUGUGCUACUCUCCUCGCCUGCUCUAGAGGCCGUCUUCACUGACCUCGAAAUUAUGGCUGCUCUGUUUGCUAGUGCCAUACAUGAUGUUGAUCACCCUGGAGUGUCCAACCAGUUCCUCAUAAACACAAAUUCUGAGCUGGCUCUGAUGUACAACGACGCAUCUGUGUUGGAGAACCACCAUCUAGCUGUGGGCUUCAAACUAGUGCAGGAGGAAAACUGUGACAUCUUCCAGAAUCUUAGUAAGAAGCAGCGGCAGUCACUGCGCAAGAUGGUCAUUGACAUGGUGUUAGCAACAGAUAUGUCCAAACACAUGAACAUUCUGGCAGACCUGAAGACCAUGGUCGAGACCAAGAAAGUGACGAGUCUUGGGGUGUUGUUGCUGGACAACUACUCAGAUAGAAUACAGGUUCUUCAGAACAUGGUUCACUGUGCUGACCUCAGCAACCCCACCAAGCCUCUGGAGAUCUACCGGCAGUGGACUGACCGCAUCAUGGUGGAGUAUUUCACACAGGGUGACCGAGAGCGAGACAAAGGGAUGGAGAUCAGCCCCAUGUGUGACAAACACACUGCCUCAGUGGAGAAGUCUCAGGUGGGCUUCAUCGACUACAUUGUGCAUCCUUUGUGGGAGACAUGGGCUGACCUAGUCCACCCUGAUGCUCAGGACAUUCUGGACACGCUAGAGGACAACAGGGAGUGGUACCAGAGCAUGAUCCCCCGUAGCCCCUCGCCUGCACCCGAGGAGCAGGACUCGCAGGGCAGCGGCAGCGGCUCUCUGGGGGCUGGAGGAGCCGGAGGAGAAAAGUUCCAAUUUGAGCUGACUCUGGAGGAGGAGGGCGAGUCGGACACUGAAAGCCCGCCAGCAGAAAUCUCCAGAAACCCAGUGGACAGCCUUCAUCGAGCCCCAUCACCAAAUCCCAGCCAUACACUCAGCCUGGCUGCCAUGUCUGUGCGAAGCCCACGCCACAGGACGUUAUCUCCUGACACAGCGGACAGGGACUGCAGCAGAGAACUCGACUAAGAGACUGAAGGCUAAACCAGUUAGUGACUAGGCACGUAGCAUGGCCUGAAACCAGCACUGCUGUCCUCAUUACGAGUCUCAGAAAUGACACGCUCCAAAUCUGUGAUGAGCCCAUUGUGGCUUUAGCUGCCUCCUAGUGAACAACAACACAUGUCACACCAGAGACCGCUCCUCAUUUCAGUUCUCCUUUAUAACCAGUUACACAUAUUUUUCCCCACCAAAUAAGCCUUUUAGUCCUGUUUUCUUACGAUGCAGUCAUGCCUAAGACACAGGCCGCUCUGUAGACCCAGCUCGACCAUGCUGUGACUGAGAGACUGACGACAGAUCUGAGGAUGAAGCAGCCUCUUUAUGGUCUACUGAUGAAAUUAAGGAGCCCUUCUGAGAAAGAGAGUCUUCCUUCAAACAAUGCACAUGGUUUCUGUAGAUGAAAGUCCAUGUAAUAUUUAUGGUAACCUUACAGGGUCUAGGAUCUUUUGCACCAUACGGUUAGUUUAGGAUAUUUAGGAUAUUCAUUUACCUUGUGAAUAAUUAAUUUAGCACUCAUUUGUAUUUUCAAUAUUUUUAGCCGCUUGGAUGUGAUCAGAUGAAUGAGCAGUGACUGUCAUACCAAAUAUGAAAUAGGAAAGAGACAAAAUUAUGACACUAAUAACCUCAGGAUAUAAUAAUGAUUUCAUUUUAAUGUAGCAAGGUACCCCUGUAUGUUACCCAGAGUGACUUUUUUAUUGCACCCAACAUAAAGAUGUAACAUUUUAGUUAAUGAAAGAAUUGAAACUUCAACAAAUGGCAAUGUUACAUUGUAAAAUGUACUAAUUGCCUUGAAUUUUGAGUUAUGAAUACUUAAUAUUUCUUGAAAUUGUGUAAGAUGUUGUUCCAUUUGAAAUCAGUUGAGAUGCUAAAUGUCAAGACACAUGGUCACCGAUUUUAGUGCCACUGCGAAAGAGAGUGCAAAAGUGAUGCCAGAGACACUGGUUGCGAUAUUUAAUUUUAUUUAGUUAUUUAUUUAUUUAUUCGUGUUGAGAAUAUUCAUGGUGUCUAAAGCAAAAUGUAAAUCCCAGACAGCCAUUUUCAUGGGUUAUUUAACUCAUAACUCAUAAUAUAGUUUUAAUAAGGCAGAAUCCACUAAUAACAGCCAGGAAUCUGGGCUUAUCUGCAUACUAAUUUGAAUUUUUAUGCUAAAUAAUUGAUUUUAGAGCAGAACAGCCCUCUGUAACUUGACUAGAACCAUGUUUUAGAUAUUUGAGCAGAAUUGGAAAGUCUGACUCCAGCACCCAAACC